AUGAGGACACGAGUGUUUCCUUCAGGUUUCUGGUUCGGUGCUUCCACCGCAGCCUAUCAGGUAGAAGGAGCUUGGAAGGAAGAUGGCAAAGGGCUAUCAAUAUGGGAUGAAGCAGCACACAGAAACCCAACUCCAAUCAUGGACAGCAGCACAGGUGACGUCGCUGCUAACUCCUACCAUCUCUACAAAGAGGACGUACAAAUCACAGCAGAUCUUGGACUAGAUUUCUACAUAUUCUCCAUAUCCUGGCCGCGGAUUCUGCCGAAUGGUUUCACGGAUCAAAUCAACAAAAAAGGAGUCAAAUACUACCAUUCAAUCAUGGACAAUUUAUUACUUCAUAAUAUUGAACCCAUGGUAACAAUGUAUCAUUGGGACCUUCCAACUGAGCUUCAGAGAAUAGGCGGCUGGACAAAUCCUAUCAUCGUAGAUUUAUUUGUGGAUUACGCAAAAUUAUUGUUUGAAACUUAUGGGGAAAAGGUGAAAUAUUGGAUCACAAUAAACGGGCCCAAGGAAAUAUGUGUAGGAGGAUACGGAACUGCAGCGAAAGCUCCAAUGAUGAAUAUGAGUGGGAUAGCUGAAUACCUGUGCACUAAAAAUUUACUAUUAGCUCAUGCAAAAACAUAUCACGUUUAUCAAGACCUUUACAGGAAGGAAUACAAUGGUUUUAUUGGGAUUGCAAUCAGUUUUGUUUGGUACGAACCAGCGUCGGAGACUGAGGACGACCAUCAGGCAGCUAUUGAUGCAAGAAUGUUUGAUUGGGGCCAAUACGCACAUCCAAUAUUCGCAAAAGGCGGAAAUUUCCCCCGAGAAGUAAAAACCAAUAUCGCCACCAAAAGUGCUGAUCAAGGUUAUUCCCAAUCUCGUCUUCCAGAACUAACUUCCUCUGAAGUGGCUCUGAUACAAGGAUCCGCUGACUUCUUAGGUGUAAAUUCUUACACGACGAAAUUGGCGUACAGAGAUGCUUCUUUCGAUGGAUCAUACAUGGUGCCAUCUUAUAUGGACGAUAUGGGUGCUGUGCUAAUCAAAAAUAUAUCUUGGCCACAGUCCGCUACUAGUUCGAUACAGGAGGUACCAGAAGGCUUCUUCGAUUUGUUGAUGGAACUUAAAACUAUUUAUGAGAAUCCAACGAUAUUUAUAACAGAGAACGGUUGGUCCACUGCCGGUGGGUUGGUGGACAAUGACAGAAUACAGUACCUGCGGAGAUAUAUAAUUGCUUUACAUGACGCUCUGGAGGAGGGAGCUGAUAUAAGAGGCUAUAGUGUCCGGUCUCUGUACGAUGGAUUUGAGUGGCUAUACGGGUACACGUGA